AUGGCCUCUCUAGGUGCCAAAUUGAGGUUCGUCCUCACUGCGGGUGUUGGAUUCUUCGCAGAUGGCUAUCUUAAUCUCACAAUUGGACUCGGUGAGCGAUUCAACUUAUAUUUCCAAAAUGGUAAAGUUCCAGCAGUUGACAGCGACAUCAUCAAAGGUGGCCUAAACCUGGGCAUGGUUGCUGGGCAGCUUUUGUCCGGAGUCUUGAGUGAUGUACUGGGCCGUCACACUAUAUACGGCAAAGAGUUGCUCCUCACUAUAUUCGGAACUUUGAUGGUGAUUCUACUGCCUUGGAAAGGCAUGUCAGUCCAGUCUGUCACUGCUUGGGUAGCCGUGUUUCGUGUUCUGACCGGUGCUGGAAUCGGUGCUGACUAUCCGUUAUCUUCAUCUCUGUCCGCAGAAAAGUCACCAUUUGGCUCCCGUGCCGUGCAGGUGUUGACGGUGUUCUCGAACAUUGGCCUAGGCAACAUUGCAGCGAGCAUUGUGUUCCUUGUACUUCUCAAGGCAUUUGAAGGGUCUAUGGCUAAUGACUUGAGCCAUCUUGAAUGGACUGUCCCCUAUAAGCAAUAUGUCUGUGACGAUGCUGCCGGACAAAGACAUGGAUUUACAGAACAGUGGAAGGAUUUUCGCGAAUACUUCAAUGAACUCCGCCAUGCAAAAGUGCUUUUUGCAACGGCUGCUUCCUGGUUCUUAUUUGACAUCGCAUACUACGGUAUCAAUCUCAACCAAAGCAUCAUUCUGGCAAGGAUCGGCUAUGCCAAAGGCGCAACACCCUGGCAGACCCUUUACAACACCGCCGUGGGAAACAUUAUCAUUCAGGCUGCAGGUUUCCUUCCUGGCUUCUAUGUCGGUAUCUUCCUCCCAGAUCGCAUCGGCAGGGUUCGUCAACAGUUCUACACAUGUAUCAUUGUGUGUAUUCUCUAUGCCAUCUGGGCAGGGAUUAGCACACAAAGCGCACAUACCCCCACAGCCGGUUUGAUGGUCAUAUUCGCGCUCUCGCAAUUCUUGUUGACCGUUGGUCCCAACUGCACGACUUUUCUAAUCCCCGCCGAGGUGUUCCCGACUCGUGUUCGAGGCACAGCACAUGGCAUAUCAGCCGCUGCCGGAAAAUGUGGUGCAAUUCUUACUGCGUUUGCCUUUGGAACUGUUGAAGAUGCGAUCAGUCUGGAGGGUGUUCUUGGUCUUUUCUCCGGUGUCAUGCUUCUCACUGCCCUUGUGACACUUAUGAUACCGGAGAGCAAGAAUCAUACCCUUGAUGGUAUCGAAAGAGGUGAGCUUUAUGGUGAAAGAGCAGCUGUUGCAGAGUUAUCAUCAUCUGAGAAUGUUGCAUAUUUCAACGACAACGGUCCGAAGGUCUAG